AUGGCUGACCGAACUUGUGUGACGCUUCCUGACAUGUUCAGGGGCUUCAUAGUCCAGGAGCCCAAAGUCAACAAACACUAUGAAGCAGUGAAGCCGGUCUCUGAAAAAUGGCUGGCCAGGAUAUGCGCCUUCUCGCCAAUGAUGCAAAAAAGGGUCGGCGCCUGUGACUUUAGCUACUUUUGUUCAAUCGCUGCGCCCGAAGCUCCAAUCCACAAGCUCCGAACCAUGUGUGACUGGGGAAACUGGGUUUUCCCCUUUGAUGACAUGUUCGAUUCCGGAGACCUGAGGUCCGACCUGAUAGUCACUCGUCAUGUUCUUGAUAGUCUUUUGGCAGACAUGAAGGGCCACAAGUUCCGCGGCCUCAAGAUCCCUGUUGUUCUGGCGCACGAUGACAUUUAUCGUCGGCUGUCUGAGGUAGAGACCAAAAAUCCCUCUAUCUCAGGUGUCCAAAGACGCUUCGCCAGGGCCAUGGAGCUCUACGCCCUCGGCGUCGCACAGCAUGUCCAAGAUUUCACAGAGAGCGGCCUGCCUUGCCCGCAGGAGAUGCUGGAGACGCGUCGGCUGUCUGUCGGGGUCGCGCCUCUGUACCACCUGGUCGAAUACGCCCACUCCAUACGCCUGCCCGACGAGGUCUUUGAGGAUCCCGCCAUACAGACGCUGGAGAGGCUCGGGGCUGACAUGGUUAUAAUGUCCAAUGAUAUGCUAUCCUACCAAAAGGAGGAGGCAAGUACCAACAACGAAGGAUGUCCUUUUAAUAUGGUGGCGGCCUGUCGAAUGUCGGGGCAGUCUGCUCAGGAGGCAUUUGACACCGUAGGCGCGCUGCUCGAAGAGAGCUACUACGAGUGGGAAGAAACAAUGCGGCAGGUCCCGGCCCGGGGUGGAGAUGUUGAACGCGACGUCCAGCGCUACAUCAAGGGGAUUCAGGACGUCGUCCAAGCCAACAUCACCUGGAGUUUCCGAUCAAAGAGAUAUCUUGGCGUCCACGCCCCCGAGGUCCGGAGGACCAAAAAGUUCGACGUGAUGACACAUCCUCCAUACUUGGACAAAGACAUGGCCGAGUUGAGAUAA